UUCGUUCUUCACUUGAAUUCGUUCGCUCGCCGUAAACACAUCAAUUCUCGGGUGAAAUUGUCGUCUUUAUUGUGCAAAAAGAAUUAGAGAAAAAAAUCUUAGACCAUUAACAUAGUAUACAUAAAAGGUAGAGAACGAAGAAAAGAUAUUUAAAUAGUCAUAAAACAAAUAAAACGGUUAGUGGAGCGAAGUAGCGUACAAAUAAAAAGUUAAAAAUAUAUAAGAACUGCAAAAAGUAUUUGCUGGUUACACGACACGACUACAUACUAAUUACGCCAAAAUUCGCAUAUGUAUAUAAUAACCAUAUACAUAUGUAUAUAAUAACCAUAUACAUAUGUAUAUAAUAACCAUAUACAUAUGUAUAUAAUAACCAUAUACAUAUGUAUAUAUUUUUUUGGGUAGAGAAAAUUUUUUGGAAAAGCACUAAAGGGGACAGUGGAAAUUCAAUAAAUAAACCAAGUAGUGUGUGUGUUUGUGUAUAUAGCGUAAUAUCGAUGGGAAAAUAAUAUACUCGUAUACAUUUACAUAUCUGUUGAAAUGCACAAAAAUUGUCUAUAUUAAUGCUUUUAAUUAAUUGAACGUGUGUGAGCAAAGUUCAUUAAACUCCAUUGUUGCGUCGUUAAAUUGGAAAAGUCGAAGGAAAACCAAGAUCGUAAAAUGCAAAGGAAAAGGGUGCAGCAAUAAAAGCAACAAAAAUCGACCGGAUAAUAGACGAGUGACACGAAUAUACGAACAAGCAAAGCUGGCAUCUGUGAAUAUAUCGAUUGGUUGCGUCGAAAGUCACAAUUGCGCAGGGCAGAGGAGAAGAAUUUUUUGUGUUCAGGUGGAGUAAAAAUAUUAAAAAGAAGGACCGCAACGCGGUAGGCCUUCGAGUGCGGAUGAAACAGCUUAUACAGCAGCGGAAGUGAAUUGAUGGAAGAUAGACGAAUGCCAUAGUCGACAGAUUAAACAUUUUUAGUGCAAACAUAUUUGAUUUAAUUAAUACGAAUUUACGAAGAGACAAACGUGAAAAAAGCAACAAAAACGAAUAGAAUUUUUAAACAUCGUGCAAAAUCAAACGAAAAAUACAUCCAGGAAAAGAGUAUAUAUCGAGCAGCCAACAACAGUAGCGGAAAAUUUAUAUAAAAAAGUACAGAAAAAGUUAGCGGCAAGCAAAACUAACACAUACAAAGAAAAUCGAUAAAUCGAUUAGCUUAGCAGCUCUCUCCCGAAUUUCACACACGCUUCAAUUAAAACGCCAUCUUCAGCGUUGCCAACGACUUUUUAGCAGUCAACGUUGACAUAAGAGACGCAGCCGUCAUCGUCGAGACAGCGCAGCAUUAAAGUAAAAGAACAAAUUUACGCAAGAGCGAAGUUGUGAAAAAGCAUCAAAAUUAUUGCCGCAACGAGGAAAACACACGCCAACGCAAUGGACUUUAUGAUGGCGAAUGCCGGUGCUGCAGGCACAGUAGACGCUCAGGCCCAGCUAAUGGCUCAAACCGCCGCCAAUCCGGCCGCUGCCGCAGCCGCCCUAGCCGCUUCGAAUGCAUCACCUGCGCAGACUGCUGCCGCUGCUGCAGCCGCACAACUGCAACAGCAGCAGCAGGUGCAGCAGGCCAUUUUACAGGUGCAGCAACAGCAAACACAACAAGCCGUCGCCGCCGCCGCUGCUGCCGUCACCCAGCAAUUGCAACAGCAAACUACCAACGGAAAUACGAAUACCCAACAGAAUGGCAAUAAUAACGGUUCAUCCGAGACACGUACUAAUCUCAUUGUAAACUAUUUGCCACAAACAAUGACCGAAGAUGAGAUACGAUCACUAUUCUCCAGUGUAGGCGAAAUUGAGUCUGUGAAAUUGAUACGUGACAAAUCACAAGCUUUUAUGGAUCCACUAAAUCCGCAAGGACCAAAUAAGGGUCAAAGUUUGGGUUAUGGCUUUGUCAACUAUGUACGCGCACAAGAUGCCGAACAGGCCGUUAACGUAUUGAAUGGGCUGCGUUUACAGAAUAAAACCAUCAAGGUAUCAUUCGCACGCCCCUCAUCGGACGCCAUUAAGGGUGCGAAUCUAUAUGUGUCGGGACUGCCGAAGAAUAUGACACAGCAAGAGUUGGAGGCAAUUUUCGCACCAUUCGGAGCUAUAAUCACAUCACGUAUAUUACAAAAUGCCGGCAAUGAUUCACAGACCAAAGGUGUCGGUUUCAUACGUUUUGAUAAGCGCGAGGAAGCAACACGUGCCAUUAUUGCACUGAACGGAACCACACCACCGGAUUGCACAGAUCCGAUUGUGGUGAAAUUCUCAAAUACACCGGGUAGCACUAGCAAGAUAAUGCAACCACAAUUGCCAGCAUUCCUCAAUCCACAGUUGGUGCGGCGCAUCGGCGGCGCUAUGCAUACGCCGGUCAACAAAGGCUUGGCACGUUUCUCACCCAUGGCCGGCGAUAUGCUCGAUGUUAUGCUGCCAAAUGGUUUGGGUGCGACAGCGGCCGCUGCUAGUGCAUUAGCUAGUGGUCCGGGCGGUGCUUAUCCCAUUUUUAUUUACAAUUUGGCACCCGAAACUGAGGAGGCAUCACUGUGGCAGCUAUUCGGCCCAUUCGGCGCAGUACAAUCGGUUAAAAUUGUUAAGGAUCAAACCACAAAUCAAUGCAAAGGCUACGGCUUCGUGUCGAUGACCAAUUAUGAUGAAGCGGCAAUGGCAAUUCGUGCAUUAAAUGGUUAUACACUGGGCAAUCGGGUGCUACAAGUUAGCUUCAAGACCAACAAAUCAAAGUAAAUUAUCUUUCCAGCGAAAAAUCUACGUAGUAACAGCUAACUGCAACAAUAGUAGUAGUACACAACAACAUCAACUGUAACAAUAACACACGCAUACACAAUGAAAACAACAAUAACAGCAAUAAUAACAAUGUAGCGGAAAUACAGUAGUAACAGCAGCAACAUAACAACAAAUCGGUGAAAAGGAGCCGAGCUGCAACCCGACCGCAGGCAAGUUGGUGGAAAUGCGCGGGUUGGCUUUGUUUAAAAUUGGUAAAAGUGUGUGAUGUGCAAGGCGUGUUGUGGGGAGGAUGAGUUUGCUCUUCCUCCCCCCAACAUUCGCAACGCACGCCAACCUCGUAUUUUCCAUUUUUUAAAUAUAUUUUUUAUAUUAAGCAUAUGCUAAAGAAAGUCCAACUUGAAGCUAUACGAAUCUGGAAAUUAAAUUAAUUAAUUAACUUUUGAAAGUGAGGUUAAUUAAUCUAAUUUGUUGCACUGUAAAUUCUAACACAAAAUCACAAGCGCGGAGUAGUAGAUAGGUGCAGAGAAAUAUUGACAACAAGAAAUUGGUGUUGUAGCAAAAUUUUGCGGUUACAAGGGAUGUAACGAUUCAGUAUAUCUGUAGCGUAGUGAAAAUAUGAAAACAAAAAGAGCAAAGAGAAAUCAUUUGAAUAUAUUUUUCCUUAUCAGCUUCCACCCACAGUGGCUUUGCGAAAAGCAAAUGGACGCACAUUAAUGCUUAAAAUGGCGCGCCAAAUGCCGCUAGCAACCACCCGUUGUGCGCGCAAGCAGGCGGCAAGCUUCCCACACGCCUCAAAUAAUUGGGGUGGUUACGGCAGGCACUCCAAAUCAGUCCUAGUGUAACGGCUGGCAGCGCAGCACAUGUGUGUCUGUUUGUUAGUCACCUGAAUUUCACAAUGCCAAAGCAGUGAAGGAAAAAUAUAUUUCACAGUACAUUCGUAUGUAUGUGUAUGUUUCCAUUUGAAAAACAUAUUUGCAAAUUUUGGCAAUUUCAAUCAAUGUUCUGCGAGUGUUGGCUUAAUUUAGAAAAAUUGGCCUGCUUGGUAAUCAAAUUGGCAAGCAAAAUCUGAAAAUUAUUACUCGAAAGUUUGGGCUAUUUUUAAAUUAACCAACAGCUGCAACUCGUGGCUGUAUACAUGCAUGUGUGCGUGAACACGAAUACACAUACAUACAUAUAUUUAUUGAAUCUCUGCAAAAAAUAUAAACGAAUCAGCUAGCUGCGCCACACAUUCAAAAAUGAGAGACAAAAAAAAUCAUUUGAUAUUUUCACUACUCUAGUCUGAAAUAAUCUAGAAAAAAUGCAAAGAAAAAUUAUCAAGACGAAAGUUUUGCAAAAUUAAGGCUCAAAACAAUAUUUCUGCAUCCUCUAGAAUUUCUUAACUCGAUGUAAUAUUUGUUAAUAUCCCUACAAAACGUACAUAUGUGUAAAAAAGAAAAUGAAUGGGUAUCCGUUUACAAAUUGAAAUCGAACAAAGAGAUCAACACACGAUUUUCCAAAUUAAAAACCUUUUCGAAAAUUUCCAAAACUAUAGUUGUAUGAAAACUACUACUGCACAAGUAUAUCACAAAACCGUUUAGCUCAACGAGCGCCAAUUAGGCAGUAACGAAAAAGAAUUAGUGAACAGUUCUUUAAAAAUAUACUAAUAAUUAAGAAAUAAAGGCAAACAAAAAUCUUCCAAAACAACCUUGGCCUGCCGGCAGCAAUAAAAGUAUUUUAAAUUUCAUUUGCAAUUUUAAAAGUUGAAAAAGUUGACAAUUUUUAUACGUUUUCUAACUCAAAAUAUGCGUUAUAAGCAAAUGAUAAAUUUAAAUGCAAUCAAAUGUGCAGCAAGCGCUCGAAAGAAAGGCUUGAAGAAAGACGAGUGCGUACGCAGGUUUUAAAGUAAAGCAUAACUAUAAUACAAUUAAUUGAAUGUACAACUCUAUUUUGGUAUAAAAGCGCAUAAUAAAAAAGAUUUUCAAUUAUAAUAUUAGCAAAACGAAAAAAAAUGUCUUAAAACAAUUGAUACAAGUUAUUGAGUUUAGUGGCAUUCAAGAGCGAAAAACCCGAAAAGUAGGAGCGAUGACAUGUAAUUUAAAUUAAAUAAAAAAUAAACUAAAAUUUUUAAAAUUAUUUAACGAACUAGCAAAACAAAAAAAUAGUAAAUAAAAUAAUAUAUGAGUAAUAACCAUAGAGACUAUAGUAAAAGCAAGGAGGCUGCUACAGUAUUAAAUAGCAAAAGUUUAAAUUUUAAUAAUUAAAAAAAUAUAACUAAGAAAAUAACCAAAAGUUGGGUGUAAGGCCAUAAAUAUAUAUGUAACUAGAAAAUAAAGGGGCAAAGCCUGCGUGCGCAAAUGCAAAUUUAUAGAAAAAGUAGAUCUUUUGAAUUUUAAAUGAGCUAAACAACUAUAACGAGACAGUAUCGAAUGAGCAACAAUAAUUAUUAAAUAAACAUUGCACCUCCAGAAGGCUAAAUUUACAACUAAUUAUAUAAUAUAUCCAAUAUUAUAAAUAAAUAUCCACACUCGAGAGUUAAUAUACAUUUUAAAAUAAUAUAAAAACUUACAUAACAUUAAACAUAAACAUUUUAUUUAAAUUUAAUUAAACAUUAAUUGAUUGAAAGGUUGCUGCAGAUCCUUUUUGCAUAUUGACAGGAAAAACGCACAGCUUGUUGUGUAUUUUGGUGGCGAAAAGUACGAAAGAGUGUUGUUGUUUUUAGGCACUAUUUUUACGGCUUUCGCGCUUUAAUUAACGCUAAUAGUGCGCUGAAUUAGUAAACAACUUAAAAUAACAGUAAAAUAUUCACAUAAUAUAACAUCAUUCUUUUAAAAUAAAAAAUAAGCACUAAAUAUUUUCAACAAGUAAAAAAUUUGUUUAAAACGAGCUUGCAAAGAGUCAAAGGCAAUUUUUUAAGUGCCGUUUUAGUGUGCUAAAUUCAAAAAGUUAUGUAUUAGAAGUUAUUUUCAACAGCAGAAAGCAGCGCACCGUUAUUACCGUUACAGCAUUUUCUUCUUUUUCGUCACCACCUACGCACAAAGCGCAUAACAUGAAUGUUCAAUAAUUUGUUUGAGACAAAAUUACAAUGUGAAGCACAAAACACCCGAAAUACAAAUAAACUAUACAUAAUUUAGGGUGAAAUGUUUUAAGCUUUAGGCUGCGUACAUAUAUACACACACAUACAUUUUAUUGACACAUACACACAUGCAACAAUAUUCGUAUAAUGUUGAAAAAAAUCAAUUUGUUUAUUUUUAAACGUAAUUUGGUUUGUUUACAAUCAAUGGUUGCAGGUAUUUGUUUGAGGAGCAGUUUUGAAUUGUUGAAAUAUAUUUAAUAGACAUUUUUUACAAUUACGAUUUUGUGUUGUUUGUGCUUCCACGAAUAAUGCCCUUUGAUUUUGUUCGUUUGUAGUGCAGUACAUUGACAUCUUGUGUUGAUUUCUUUGUUUCAAUUUACUUUGCUUUGAGUUUUGCGUAAAUGCGCUUCAACUGCUAUUUGCUACAACCCACAUGAGUUCGAAAUGUCAAAAAUACUAUUUUCGAACAAUAUUUGAAUUACUUUUGAAGCGCUUAAUCAACCAACAUAUUGGAAGUUGUUUAAAGUUAUUUAUUAAUAUAAUUUUUUCGAUAAGUUCGAUUUCUCAACACGGCUACUACUCUUAUGUUUGUUGUUGUUUUUUUUGUACCCACCCUCGUAAAUUAUAAUUUUGUCAAAAAGAAAAAAUGUGUGUUCAUGUAAAAUUGACGCGCGUGUCCUCCCAGCUAUUUUGUACACAUAAUUUAUAUAUUUAUACAUAUAUACAGUCCAUAUACAUAACAUACAAACGCAUACAUAUAUAUAUAUAUAUAAAUAGUGAACGUACGUAAUAAUUAAGCAAAAUAUAUUUAUAUACAUAUUUAUUGCAUAUUUACACAACUUUUAUUAAUUUAUAUCUUCAAACAUAUGUAUACAUAUGUACUAUAUAUUUAUUUUCAAUAAUUUUGCUUUCAAAUUCAGUUUCAACUCAAACCAAACUAAGCACUGUUUCACAAUAAUGUUGAAAAAUAGUGUUUAUACAGCUUAUAUACAUACGUGCAUACAUAUGUAUAUAACAUAAUUUAUUUUUGCAUUAAUAUUAAUAUUUUAUUACACAAAACACCAUUAACUACACAAAUUUAAACUGACAUUCAUACAAUAUGUGUACGUGUAUGUCUACAUAUAUAUUUAUAUAAUUAUAUUUUUGUAGCUGUUAAGUGGUUUUAGUUUUAAAGUUCACAAUUUUUAAAUUUCAAUUUAGCAAAUUAGCUAAAAAUUAACUUGAUGUGGGUAUUCACAGUGUUUGUGUUUGCUCGACACCUUUUGCUAACGGGGAAGACGCGCACCGUGAAUACACUCAUUGAUAUUUUAUUUUAGUUUUUUUUUUUUUCAAAUUGUAAUGUUGAGGUUAGCGAAGCAUGCGCAAAUGCAGGCAGUAGUAAGUGAAGUUACAAAACAAAAAGAAACCCAGAGAAAAAGUAAUCACUAUUUAUUAAAUAGUUAUAUAUUAGUACAUUUUUUGAUGCUAAACAACUUGGGACGGCUGAAGCCUCACAGUUGCUUAUAUAUAAAUUAUAUUUUUUUCGUAAGAGUAAACGUGUAGUAUGAACAAAGUAAAAAAGAACAAGCAAAUGUAUGAGAAAAAGCAAACGCUAAGCGAAAAACGCAUAAGAACAAAUAAUUUAAUUAAGUUAAAAUUUAUAAAUUUAAAAAAUUACUUUUAAGCAUAUGCAUAGUAGUAGUAGUCGAAGCGAAACAGAUGGUAAAAAGAAAAAAAUACAAAAAUACAAGUAUACACAAAACGCAUGAAACAAACAAGAAUUCUAGUCAAAAAUGCAAAACGAUGUAAACGGAAAAAAAUGUAUUGAAGAAAAAACUAAACUAAAUUGCUAAAGCAGUUAGGCAGAAGUUCUAAAUUGCAAGCAUUAUAAUAACUAAAAAUGCUUCAAUGUCGCAUAGCAAUUAUGCAUGACAAGUAAAAGAAAACAAGAGAGUAGAUAUGCAGCUAUAGUAACUAACCCAUACACAUACACAACAAACAUCAUUCAAAACUACAGAAUGCGCUACUGCGACAAUAAGUACUAGAAAACAGUCAGCGCUGAUAGUGUGUUCAACAUGCGUUCAAUGCAGUUAUUGUGUUUGAAGGCAAUAAGUGUGGCAAAAAGAAAUCAACACCAGCUACAAGUUGAUUUAGAAAACAUUUUUUUGAAUUAUAGUAUGUUUUCGAAACAUGCGCUGCGGCUGCAAAAAUUCGCUUUUGCGGUCGCCCCCAUAAAUUUCUGUAACAUUACAGCUUCAAAGGACCCUAAUGAAGGUUUCAAACAUUCAUUACCUGAAUUAUGAUAAAAAAAAAAAUGAUUUUUUCAAAUUUCUAGACUAGAAUAUCAUAUCCCCUUAAUAAAAUUGUUUAUACAAAAAUCAGUAAAUUAUGUUAAGCAGCUUUUCCGCGCGUUUCACGAUCUAGAAAUUGCUUUCGAGUUGCAAUAUACCUACAUUUUCUACUACAGUCUUGAAAUGAUAUGUAAUUUUCUGAAAUAUGAAUAUUUGUAUUGUCAAUUUCAAUCAAUUUUGACAAGUAGGAUGUGUGAUCAAAUUGAAAGCAAGUUCUUGAUUGCGUAAUUGCAGCGUUUUUGAGGGUCCCUUAAAUGCUCGUAAUUUUUUCGAAGUAAAUUAGAUGUCCAAUAUUUUUCACGUUUGAAAGCAGUGUCUUCAAAAUCGUUCGCAAUGCCCACAACUGUUUGUUUUCUAAGACAAGUGUAGCCUCCACGUUAAAAAUACUGCUUUAAAUAAAGCAGAAAAAGCUUUGAGCGUAUGGUUGUAGUGAUUUCUAUUUAUUUUUUUAAAUUCUCUAUACGAAUAGAAAAUAGUACGUGCUAAGGUUUAGUUCAAAUUGCACACUAACACCGCCAAAUUAUUUUGAAAGCAGCAAAUGCGGUCUGUAAAAAGCGAUUACAAAUACAUAAUUUUGUUUUGCUAACGAGCGAAAGGAUAUUCUGUGCAAUAGUGUCUACGCGAAAAUGUGUAUCUCAGAAGAAAGUAUAAAUUUUUGCUUAUAUUUUUAUUAAAAUUUACUUCUUAAUGUAGUAACUAUUUUAAGCAUAAUAAUUUUUAUUAAACAUUAGAAAAAAGAGAACCCUUAAUAACAACAAAAACAUCAACACGUAUGUAUGUAGUUGCAAAUGUAAGCGAAAAAAUUGCACAAAAGUGCAAUAAGCGCCAAUUUAUCGUUGAUGAUGCAAACUUAUGCUUUCUAUUUUCUUGACACACGAAACGAACGCAAAUUCCCAAUAGAGAAAUGCAGCAUCUGCAAUGAUACGCCAUUCAAAUAUGGACAAGUAAAGAUAAGAGCGCGUGCGCUCAUGCAAGAGCAAAAGCGGGAAAGCGUUCUACAAGCGCAUAUUGCCAAGAAAGCCGUAAUUUAAUAGAAGUCAAUCCGAAAAAUAAGUAAAAAAAAAUUAAAUAAAAGGUGCAUACCAGUAUUGCAGCGCCGCGUUGAAGCAAGUAAAUAGUAAAACUGCAUAAAUAUAUGAGAGUAUGAGAGGAGAGCACAGACAGUAAAGUAGUGAGGAGAGUAGCAGGGAGUCAGCAAGCAAUAUGUUUAGCACAAGCGGCACAAAAUAUGUACGAAAAGCGAUAAAAAGGCGCGCGAGCACAGACCACAACAAAUAGAUCGGCAGUGAAGAUUGAAUAAACAACCAACUCAAAUUGACGUAUAAAAAAGCAACUGAUAAACUUAUAAGAUAUCGGAACUUGAAAGAUGCAAGAAUUUAGUGUUUUCUGUUUUUUUUUUAGUUGAUUUGAUUUGAUUUGAUGACAAAUUGCAUUUUUGAAAUGUGUGUGCGUUUCAUGGCAUAUUAAUUAUUUUAAUUUUCUUUUAAGUAAUUAUUAGUUUUUAAUUUUAAUUUUCACAUUAUGACACAACAAUUUAUAUGAAUGUUUUAUGUUUUGUAGUAAUUACUAAAAACAAUAUGCGUACCUUAACUAAAUGAAGCAAAGAUAAACAAAAUACGAAACGAACACAAGUAUGGGACAGCGUAAUGAAAAUAAUAAUUACUAUUUUCAUGGGUUUUCAGUUUGUUUUGUAUGAUUUCUAAUAUUAUUAUUUUUAUUUUAACUUAACAAACAACAAAUAGUAGUAACUAGCAGUUUGUAAACCAUAGUUUUAAUUGACUUAUUUUUUUGUAAUAUUUUUACAUAUAUUUAUCUUAUUUUGAGCUCGUUUCAUCGCAUUCCUUGCGUUAAGUUUGUAAUUGAUUUGCGUUCAUACUUUUAAUUUCAAUUUAAUAUUACUUUAUUAACCUUUAUAAUUUUAAAUAAUAUUUUUUUUUGUUUACGUAUAUGUUUUAAACCAACUAUUUGUACACACGAAAUGAAAAUAAAAUUGUCUAGCAACAAAAUCUCAGAAACAAUUGCAAAGCGCUAGUAUUUUAUUAAACAAAAAAACAUACAAAAAUUGCAAUUUAAAAAGCAAAGAUGGCAAAAUGCUGAGCUUAUGCAAUUUUUGCACACAAAAAUUAUAUGAGCGCUGACAGAUUUUGCCCCCUUGCAGCUGCAGGUUUUACGCCCACGCAGUCAGCAAGCGUGCGCAAGCAAGCAUUUUUUUGCCAUCAAUUACUAUAUUUUUCAUUGUGUACUUUUUAUUAUAUGUUAUAUUUCAAUUUAUAUUAUAAUUACUAUUACUAUUAUUAUUUGAUUCAAUUGUAUUACAUAACCAUAUUGACAUUUGAAAAUCUUCUUGUUUAUGUAACUAAUCACUCAAGUCGCGGCAAGCACACAGACAAAAAUAUGUGUAUAAAACGUUGUUUGAUACUUGAUACUCCAGAAAUUUAUAAUUCCUGCAGUACUCGUUCUUCGAAUACUGUAACAUCCCAAGAAAAAAAACCGUUCAUAGCAUCUAGCGCUUAAAACUACCAACAAGUGACGAAACAACACGUUUUUACGCUAUAAACAAACGUUUUUCCUUUAUUUCUCGGUAAACGAGAAUGUGUGGCUUUCACUUGAGAAGAGCGCAUAACAAGCAUAGCGUCAAAAGUAGCCUUUAGAAACAAAAAAUGUCACUUUAAAUUUACAAUGUCCUGUUUUACAACUGUUUUGUAAAAUAUAGCAAAAAGUUUACACACGACGCUCUCUCUUUGUCCCACAUAAUGCCCGCCUGACUUCAACGAGAACUUCAUUCUCACGCACAAAUUUCGAAAGCAGUUUGUGUGUUACUUUGUAAACUUUUUGUCCAAAAGUUGUGACGAAAAAUAUUAACAAAAAACAUUUUAUCGGAAUUUCCCUAAAUAUAUGAUUUUAAACACAGCAGUUAUUGCUAAAUAGAAAUUUUAACUUUAUCAUUAUUUUAAAUUUUAAUUAUAAGUUUGUGUUUUUAUUUUAAUUACAUUUAAAGUUUAAUUCAAUUUGUAUUUCCCACACAAAAUAUCAAAAUUGUAUUGAGACAAAAAGUUAAAAGCGCUAAUACUUGUGGUUGAUGCGCGUAUAUUUGAAGUGAUAAAAACUUUGACAACAACAAACCGUGUUUUUAACCUUAAAUAAAAUAUCAAUUUUGAUUUUUGAAUUUAA